AUGAUGGAGGGCGGAGUGUGGGGACUGGUCAUCAUACUCUCAGCCUUCAUGAUACAAGUGCUGACGUUUGGGACGACGGCUAGUAUAGGUGUCUACAACAUCGAGCUGCUCGACUACUUCGAGGGCUCGCCCGUGGGGGUGUCGCUCAUAGGGUCUAUCAACUUCGGCGUGUAUCUCGGCUCGGGGCCAAUAGUCAGCUUCCUGAUGACCAGGUACUGCUACAGAAAGAUUGCCCUCUGUGGAUCGGUGAUGGUGGCGAUAGGCCUGAUGGGAUUACCGUUCCUUCCUUAUAUUCCAACCAUGUGCCUGUUCUUUGGGGUUCUUACAGGGUUCGGCAACUGCUGCACUUACAUCCCCUCCCACGUCCUCACCGGCCUGUACUACGACAAGUACCGCAGCAUCGCCACCGGCGUCUCGACCAGCGGCUCUGGUCUGGGCGGGGCCAUCAUGCCCGUGCUGGUGGGUUUCCUCAUCGACACCUACAGCUGGAGGGGCUCCCUCAUCUGCCUCGCCGGCCUCAACCUCCACCUCUUCAUCUUCGCCGCCCUGCUGCGCUACCCCCCUAUGCCUUCCAUCGCGGGCACCCAGAAGCAGCCGAAGAAAAAGGUCUUGACGGACGAGUAUCGCCUUGAAAAACUGGAGGAGGCUAUGGUUUUAGUGACGCCGAUAAAACGCCGCAGAGAAGAAAGUAGGGUAGAAAUGUUCAAUGCAACAACAUUAAGUAAUGGAGAAAACAGAUCCGAUGAUCAUACAGGUAGAAAGAAGAAGUCGCUGAACAUAGACGAGAGCAGACCAGACUCCCAUAAAACAACAUACCAGCGGUCAUUAAGCAAGGAAGAAUAUAAAUCAGAUACAUCGACUUUUAAAAUACAGCAGUUGUGUAGAAAGGAAGAGAGCAGGUCAGACUUGAACAAGGCAACGUGCCAGCGGUCAAUGAGGAAAGAAGAAAGUAAAAAUACACUAGAUACCCCAGCUGGUAAAAAUACACUAGAUACCCCAGCUGGUAAAAAUACACUAGAUACCCCAGCUGGUAAAAAUACACUAGAUACCCCAGCUGGUAAAAAUACACUAGAUACCCCAGCUGGUAAAAAUACACUAGAUACCCCAGCUGGUAAAAAUACACUAGAUACCCCAGCUGGUAAAAAUACACUAGAUACCCCAGCUGGUAAAAAUACACUAGAUACCCCAGCUGGUAAAAAUACACUAGAUACCCCAGCUGGUAAAAAUACACUAGAUACCCCAGCUGGUAAAAGUACACUAGAUACCCCAGCUGGUAAAAACCAGCUGCGGUGUAAAGCAGAAGACAGCAGACAGAGUUCCCACAAUGCAACUCACCAGCGGCCGUCUAGCUACGCCAGCUGCUGCAGCAACGUCACCAACUACGACAACUUUGGCCUUGACCUUGGCGCGAUCCAGUUCAUCGACCAGGUCAGCAUGACCGAGUCCGGCUACUCGGCGACCGACGUGCUCAACCUGUCAGACAGGCUCCAGCUGUCGACCAGCAUCGUGCUCACCGUCGACGUGGCUCCGGAUAAAAACGUCAAACACCGGGACAAAAAUUUACUCCACGCCUCCGGCGACUCCGGUAACCAUGACAACCACCGACGCAGUUUCCUCGACGUGCUGUACCCGCGCAACAUCUCGUCCCACUCCUUGUUCGCCCUGGGGUCUCGCGGCUCCACCGUCAUCUACAUCGACGCCUUUCAUUUCUCCGACGUCAUCCGGUCAGUCUCCGACAUGGACAGAAGCGCUUCCGGAACGUCCGUGAUUCCCAUGUCCUCCAGGCAUGUCUACAUCUUCACCAACUACGGCUUCAACAUUUAUUUCCUCAGCAACAUCAUGUGGAAUGCCGGCUACGCCAUCAUACAAUCGUUCGCGCCGGAAUUUCUUCAAGACAAAGGUCUUUCUCUCAUGGAAGCGGCUUGGUUAAGUGGGGCUUUUGGGUUUGCAAGUUUCGUCGGCGGAGUCGUGGGCGGGAUUUUAGGCAAUUUUGAAUACGUCAACCGGCAAGCGUUGUACACGGUUGCCUGCGUCGUCAUGGGCGCGGUCACCAUCGCCUUCCCACAAUUCCAGAACAUUUUCCUCUACACGACGACGCUGGUCAUCAGCGGACUCGCCUUUGGCGUCAUCCUAGGGCUGCUGAUCGUCGUCCUCACCGACCUGGUGGGCGUGGACAGUCUGGGCAACGGCCUCGGUUACCUCAUGUUGUCUAAUGGACUAGGCACUUUCAUAGGGCCGCCCAUUGCCAGUGUUAUAAAAGAAAGCACCGGUGGCUUUGAUACAGGUAUAGUUCUAGCAGGGGGACUCUGUAUACUGGGUGGACUCAUCAUGCUCAUGAUGCCCCUACAUCGCUGCUGCCGGCACUCUUGCCAGGGGAAACAACACAAGCAGGAAGAAUGUAGAAUGGUCUCCCUUUAAGCUAGUCAUACAUUUCUAUGCUACUUGCACAACGGAUUAGUUGAUUGUACGAGUCAUGUUUGUGUAUGUAUACAGGGUUGUUGACGUGUGUAUAGUGUGACCCAUCAGUUGUAUUAGAAGUGAGUUAUAUUCCAGUUAGAAGAUAAAUGCUGAUACAAUUGACAGAUGAGUAUGAUAUGUUUUGUUAGUCCCGAGACCAUAGGACAUGUAAGGGUAAUGUCCCAAGUUGGUGAAUGUAUCAUUUGUGUUUGUCUAUAGUACAAGGUGAACUAGCAGUAGUUGUAGAGUUCCAUUAACAGUAUACGUAAGACAUGGAGGAAUUAAAUUACCAUCUGGGAGUUGCCUAGCACUGGAUACCCCAGCAAAACAGGUGACAUGGAUACAUGUGUUGUUUGGUUACGUAAUCUAGACAGAACAGUGUGACAAGGUAAUGUAAUAAUCUAGACAAGACAGUGUGAGAAAGUUGUGUGAUCUAUACAUGACAGUAUGACAGGCAAGUCGUGUAAUGUU